CUGAGCAGCUUUUCCGGCGGCCCUUGAUGGCGCCGCCCCCACUAGCCGGGGCGAAUAGCCGUGCCCUUCGGGGGACCCCGGCGCCUGAGGAGGGCGGGAGCGCCCCGGACGCGGAGGCAGGAGGACCGGGAGCGCGCCUGGCGGGACGCAGCGCGGCCGCGCGCGGCUGCGGCCGGUGUCCAGGCAACCCCCGGACGCGUCUCCGCGGGAGAAGCAGGUGGCCCCGCGGCCCUCCGGCCCUCCGCUCCGGUUCCUCGCCCGCCCGGCGCCCGGCAGUGGCAGUUCGGCUGCCAGUGGAUGAGUCCAUGUACCCUGGAAAAGGUCCCCGGGACUGUUCUCUCCCCUCCAUCUCCAGAGCGACCUGCAGCAGAGAGCUGGAGAAGGUUCAAGAGGAAGGAGACCCUGGCAUGACCACGAUGGAGAAGAGCUACAGUGAUUUUCUGGAAUCUAAGGGAUGCUUUGCUGGCACAACAUCCUCUGGAAGAAAGGUCAGCCCCUCAUCUUCUGCUGAAACAUAUCCUAGUGUGAGUGAGCCUCCAGUCCCCGGCAAAGUGUCCGUUCACCUAGACUCUGCUACAGAUUUGGAUCUGAAAUCCUCCUCCGCACAUUCUGAUCAGUCCUCUGAAACCUCAUUCCCUGAAGUCCCCAAGGAUAAAUAUCCCAAGGAGUUCAGCCUGCUUAAGUUGCAGACAAAGGAUGGGCACCGUCCUGAAUGGACAUUUUACCCGAGGUUUAGCAGCAGUAUCCACACCUACCACGUUGGAAAGCAGUGCUUCUUUAACGGGGUCUUCCUCGGCAACAGGAGGUCUCUAUCAGAGAGAAUGGUGGACAAGUGCUUUGGGAGGAAGAAGUAUGAUAUUGAUCCUAGGAAUGGAAUACCAAAGUUAACUCCAGGAGAUAAUCCAUAUAUGUACCCAGAACAGAGUAAAGGCUUCCACAAAGCAGGCUCAACUCUCCCACCAGUGAAUUUCUCAAUAGUGCCGUAUGAAAAGAAAUUUGAUACAUUUAUUCCACUUGAGCCUCUUCCACAAAUUCCUAUCUUGCCUUUCUGGGUGAAGGAGAAGGCCAACAGGCUGAAGACCGAGAUGAGAGAGGUGGAGGAGCUUGACAAUUGGCACCCAGCGGUCCCCUUGGUGCACAGUUUAUUCCCUGCUGAUCCUGGGAAGAAUGAAAACUGGCCUCUGUGGACUGGAGGGAAUAUUAUGUUAUACAGCUGGUGACACUCAAGUCCAAAUAAGUUAAAUGAAGACAAUUCCAAGACUGUUUCUAUAGUCUCUGCACUCCUAGCCAUCAAAAUGUUAAGAUAUUUCGAUGUUAAACUUUUACAGUUCCACAAACGGGUUAUGAAUAUUCUGUAUAAUUUCAUUAAUUGUCCACAUUUCUGGUAUGAGCUACCCAAUUUGGUUAGACUGUUUCCUUUUGCUCUUAGACCUUUGACCCUUAAAAGCUGGGCAGAUACAAACCUUGUGUAUAGGAUUUCUGGCUGAAAUAUAUCAGUGCUGGAGCUCCUCCAGAUCAUGCUA